AUGAGAGAGGACAUUCACCAUUCAUCUAGUGUUUUGUUUUCAUGAACUGCUUGCCUCUUUUCAUCAGCAGGGAAUCGAUCAGAUAUAUUUUCCCCCAGUUACCGUUACCAUUACCGGUAGUCACGUCCGAGGGCUUUUUUUGUCCCAAGUGCUAUAUGAUUCAUCUAUGUGUGUGUGUGUGUGUGUGUGUGUGUGUACUUUUCUAACUUUGUGUAAUCUGGAUACAAAGGAGUAGUGUAAACUGUGUGUGUGUGUGUGUUUAACUCUUGCUUUAACUCUUUGUAGAGCUGGAUGCAGAAGAGUGGUGUAAGCUGCUGUGUGUGGAGUGUCUAGGAAGCUGUCUGAAUGACAUCAGCCUGGGAGAACCAGACCUGUUAGCAGCGGGGGUGCAGCAGGAGCAGAGCGGUGAGUCCCCAUUUAGAACCCUAGCUAAUGUAGGCUAUUGUGGGUCAAUGUUGCACCGAACUGGUUAGCAGUUACAAUACCGGCCUUUAUGUGUUAGUGCAACUGAGUCCUUAGAGGUUUGUGAGAGGGGAACGGUGAGUCUACUAUUAGUCCCUGCCAAUAGAGGCCAUUUUGGUUCGAUCUCUCCCCCCAACCAGCACAGCACUUGUAGGCAGUUUCAUUACUGGCCCAAAAGUGUUAGUGCAACAGAGGUCUGUGUGUGUGUGUGUGUGUGUGUGUGUGUGUGAAUUGAUGCAUGUGUGUGUGUUGUGUACGUGUGUGUACGUGCUUUUGAGUGUGUGUGUGUGUGUGUGUGUGUGUGUGUUCCUAGCCUAAUGAGAGGUGCUGUGCAUCACUGGAUCCCCUCAUAAUGAAGCUUGUCACAGAGAUGGAUGAGAUUAUAGAUGCUGGGGAUGAGGCCAUGUGACAUCACAUCCAGGAAAUAGAAAGGAGAAAAGGAUGUUAAUAAAAAAAGAGGGAAGGUAUAGCUGUUAUUACAAAUAAUACAUAGACUAGCUUUGGAAAUGAUUGCAGUGUGUGUGUGUGUGUGGUGUGUGUGGUGUGUGUGUGUGUGUGUGUGUGUGUGUGUGUGUGUGUGUGUGUGUGUGUGUGUGUGUGUGUGUGUGUGUGUGUGUGUGUGUGUGUGUGUGUGUGUGUGUGUGUGUGUGUGUGUGUGUGUGUGUGUGUGUGUGUGUGUGUUUGUAAUUUGUAGACUUUGGAAAUAAAAUAAUAAAAAAACAGUUCUGAAUGGUAAAGAUGGAGUGUAACUGAAUGGUAAAGAUGGAGUGUAACUAAAUGGUAAAGAUGGAGUGUAACUGAAUGGUAAAGAUGGUGUGUAACUGAAUGGUAAAGAUGGAGUGUAACUGAAUGGUAAAGAUGGUGUGUAACUGAAUGGUAAAGAUGGAGUGUAACUGAAUAGUAAAGAUGGAGUGUAACUGAAUGGUAAAGAGGGAGUGUAACUGAAUGGUAAAGAUGGAGUGUAACUGAAUGGUAAAGAUGGAGUGUAACUGAAUGGUAAAGAUGGAGUGUAACUGAAUGGUAAAGAUGGAGUGUAACUGAAUGGUAAAGAGGGAGUGUAACUGAAUGGUAAAGAUGGAGUGUAACUGAAUGUUAAACAGGGAGUGUAACUGAAUGGUAAAGAUGGAGUGUAACUGAAUGCUAAUGAUGGAGUGUAACUGAAUGGUAAAGAUGGAGUGUAACUGAAUGCUAAUGAUGGAGUGUAACUGAAUGGUAAAGAUGGAGUGUAACUGAAUGGUAAAGAUGGAGUGUAACUGAAUGGUAAAGAUGGAGUGUAACUAAAUGGUAAAGAUGGAGUGUAACUGAAUGCUAAUGAUGGAGUGUAACUGAAUGGUAAAGAUGGAGUGUAACUGGAUGGUAAAGAGGGAGUGUAACUGAAUGUUAAACAGGGAGUGUAACUGAAUGGUAAAGAUGGAGUGUAACUGAAUGCUAAUGAUGGAGUGUAACUGAAUGGUAAAGAUGGAGUGUAACUGAAUGCUAAUGAUGGAGUGUAACUGAAUGGUAAAGAUGGAGUGUAACUGAAUGGUAAAGAUGGAGUGUAACUAAAUGGUAAAGAUGGAGUGUAACUGAAUGGUAAAGAUGGAGUGUAACUGAAUGGUAAAGAUGGAGUGUAACUGAAUGGUAAAGAUGGAGUGUAACUGAAUGGUAAAGAUGGAGUGUAACUGAAUGGUAAAGAUAGAGUGUAACUGAAUGGUAAAGAUGGAGUGUAACUGAAUGGUAAAGAUGGAGUGUAACUGAAUGGUAAAGAUGGAGUGUAACUGAAUGGUAAAGAUGGAGUGUAACUGAAUGGUAAAGAUGGAGUGUAACUGAAUGGUAAAGAUGGAGUGUAACUGAAUGGUAAAGAUGGAGUGUAACUGAAUGGUAAAGAUGGAGUGUAACUGAAUGGUAAAGAUGGAGUGUAACUAAAUGGUAAAGAUGGAGUGUAACUGAAUGCUAAUGAUGGAGUGUAACUGAAUGGUAAAGAUGGAGUGUAACUGGAUGGUAAAGAGGGAGUGUAACUGAAUGUUAAACAGGGAGUGUAACUGAAUGGUAAAGAUGGAGUGUAACUGAAUGCUAAUGAUGGAGUGUAACUGAAUGGUAAAGAUGGAGUGUAACUGAAUGCUAAUGAUGGAGUGUAACUGAAUGGUAAAGAUGGAGUGUAACUGAAUGGUAAAGAUGGAGUGUAACUAAAUGGUAAAGAUGGAGUGUAACUGAAUGGUAAAGAUGGAGUGUAACUGAAUGGUAAAGAUGGAGUGUAACUGAAUGGUAAAGAUGGAGUGUAACUGAAUGGUAAAGAUGGAGUGUAACUGAAUGGUAAAGAGGGAGUGUAACUGAAUGGUAAAGAGGGAGUGUAACUGAAUAGUAAAGAUGGAGUGUAACUGAAUGGUAAUGAUGGAGUGUAACUGAAUGAUAAAGAUGGAGUGUAACUGAAUGGUAAAGAUAGAGUGUAACUGAAUGAUAAAGAUGGAGCGUAACUGAAUGGUAAAGAGGGAGUGUCACUGAAUGGUAUAGUGUUACCCCCUUUUUGGUCUUGUCUCAUCACUGCAACUCCCCAAUGGGCUCAUGAGGCGAAGGUCGAAAUAUGAGACCUCCGAAACGUGACCCGUCAAACCUCACUUCUUAACACCCACCAGCACCAAUGUGCCGGAGGAAACACUGUUCAACUGACAACCGAGGUCAGCCUGCAGGCGCCCGGCCCGCCACAAGGAGUUGCUAGAGCACGAUGAGCCAAGUACAUCCCCCCGGCCAAACCCUCCCCUAACCCGGGCGACACUGGGCCAAUUGUGCGUCGCCCUAUGGGACUCCCGAUCACGGCCGGUUGUGACACAGCCCCGGAUCAAACCCGGGUCUGUACUGACGCCUCUAGCACUGCGAUGCAGUGCCUUAGACCGCUGCGCCACUCGGGAGGCCUAUGAAUCCAUCUUGUAAUGUGAAGUAUCUGAACAGCCCAUCUGAUUCAAUGAACAGUAAUAACAUGUAUCUUCCCUCUCGCAGUUUCGAUGUAAAAUGACAGGGAAAUAUUUAAUUAUAUUCAUAACAUCGAAGUGGUAUGGUGUGUGUGUGUGUGUGUGUGUGUUUGGGGGGGGGGGGGGGGGGGGGGCAUUCUUAAGAAAGAACGUGAGAAAGAAAGAAACAACAACAGAAUCUGAAAGCGAAACACUUUUUAGCACAUGUACUAAAAUAGUAGACAGCUCCAGACUCAGCAGUUAGACUUCAGUUAGUGAUCUCCCAACUACAAGGGGCCGAUAAUUAAAUCAAAGUUCAUAUUCUUGCUGCUCCUAAAAAUAGCUGCGUAUUACAUCACCAUUUUCUCAGUCCUCACUCCAGACUCAUGGCUCUUAUUUUGAAACAUCCUUAGUGAGUAUUAAUGUAGAUUAUGAAGAGUUCUCUGAGAGCUGGUUAAAGUGGUUGGGGCUGAGGUCUCUGUUGGGGCCUGGAGCUGUUUGACUGGCUUGUAAAACUAUGACAAUGGAUUGGGGUGCAUAUCAAUAGUCUAAAGUGGCUUCCUCUCCAUGUCUGCUUGUCUUCACCUGAACUGAUAGAGAAAUAGAAUACAAUUGAAAUCAGUAUGGUGGACGUGUAAUGAGGGAGAUUUGCUACCACCUGUCCAGUUUGAGUCAGUUUUGAUGAAGCGAAGGAGACGAGGAGAGGAAACAUUUCAAGACUAUUGAGACACUUUCACCUCUCCUUAGCAACUGGACACUGACCUUCACAAUGCUCACCCUUCUUCUUCUUCUUCUUCUUCUUCUUCUUCUUCUUCUUCUUCUUCUUCUUCUUCUUCUUCUUCUUCUUCUUCUUCUUCUCUCUCAAGGAAAAAGGAAAAUAACAGAGUCCUUCAUAAAGACAAUGUCAUAUUUCUAAGACCAAGUUUAUUGUCUUUAGUCUUUAUCAGUUUGUUACAGAACGUCCAUUUGCGCUGAGCCUCUAAGAACUAUUCGAUUUCAAUGUUCGUAUUACUUUUUAUGUCUGCUUCAUCUUUUUUUCAUAAUUUGAAUGAAGUUAUACUGAACAAAAAUAUAAACGCAUCAUGCAACAAUUUCAACGAUUUUACAGAGUUACAGUUCAUAUAAGGAAAUCAGUCAAUUUAAAUACACUGCUCAAAAAAAUAAAGGGAACACUAAAAUAACACAUCCUAGAUCUGAAUGAAUGAAAUAAUCUUAUUAAAUACUUUUUUCUUUACAUAGUUGAAUGUGCUGACAACAAAAUCACACAAAAAUUAUCAAUGGAAAUCAAAUGUAUCUACCCAUGGAGGUCUGGAUUUGGAGUCACCCUCAAAAUUAAAGUGGAAAACCACACUACAGGCUGAUCCAACUAUGAUGUAAUGUCCUUAAAACAAGUCAAAAUUAUGCUCAGUAGUGUGUGUGGCCUCCACGUGCCUGUAUGACCUCCCUACAACGCCUGGGCAUGCUCCUGAUGAGGUGGCGGAUGGUCUCCUGAGGGAUCUCCUCCCAGACCUGGACUAAAGCAUCCGCCAACUCCUGGACAGUCUGUGGUGCAACGUGGCGUUGGUGGAUGGAGCGAGACAUGAUGUCCCAGAUGUGCCCAAUUGGAUUCAGGUCUGGGGAACGGGCGGGCCAGUCCAUAGCAUCAAUGCCUUCCUCUUGCAGGAACUGCUGACACACUCCAGCCACAUGAGGUCUAGCAUUGUCUUGCAUUAGGAGGAACCCAGGGCCAACCGCACCAGCAUAUGGUCUCAAAAGGGGUCUGAGGAUCUCAUCUCAAGUACCUAAUGGCAGUCAGGCUACCUCUGGCGAGCACAUGGAGGAUGUUGCAGGCAGCAGAACGUUCUCCACGGCGUCUCCAGACUCUGUCACGUCUGUCACAUGUGCUCAGUGUGAACCUGCUUUCAUCUGUGAAGAGCACAGGGCGCCAGUGGCGAAUUUGCCAAUAUUGGUGUUCUCUGGCAAAUGCCAAACGUCCUGCACGGUGUUGGGCUGUAAGCACAACCCCCACCUGUGGACGUCGGGCCCUCAUACCACCCUCAUGGAGUCUGUUUCUGACCAUUUGAGCAGACACAUGCACAUUUGUGGCCUGCUGGAGGUCAUUUUGCAGGGCUCUGGCAGUGCUCCUCCUGCUCCUCCUUGCACAAAGGCGGAGGUAGCAGUCCUGCUGCUGGGUUGUUGCCCUCCUACGGCCUCCUCCACGUCUCCUGAUGUACUGGCCUGUCUCCUGGUAGCGCCUCCAUGCUCUGGACACUACGCUGACAGACACAGCAAACCUUCUUGCCACAGCUCGCAUUGAUGUACCAUCCUGGAUGAGCUGCACUACAUGAGCCACUUGUGUGGGUUGUAGACUCCGUCUCAUGCUACCACUAGAGUGAAAGCACCGCCAGCAUUCAAAAGUUACCAAAACAUCAGCCAGAGAAGUGGUCUGUGGUCACCACCUGCAAAACCAGUCCUUUAUUGGGGGUGUCUUGCUAAUUGCCUAUAAUUUCCACCUGUUGUCUAUUCCAUUUGCACAACAGCAUGUGAAAUGUAUUGUCAAUCAGUGUUGCUUCCUAAGUGGACAGUUUGAUUUCACAGAAGUGUGAUUGACUUGGAGUUACAUUGUGUUGUUUAAGUGUUCCCUUUAUUUUUUGGAGCAGUGUACAUUAAUUAGGCCCUAAUCUAUGGAUUUCACAUGACUGGGCAGGGGCACAGCCAUGGGUGGGCCUGGGAGGGCAUAGGCCCACCCACUUGGGAGCCAGGCCCAGACAAUCAGAAUUAGUUUUUCCCCACAAAAUAGUUUUAUUAAACACAGAAAUACUCCAAAGUUCCAUCAGCUGUCCGGGUGGCUGGUCUCUGAUGAUCCCGCAGGUAAAGAAGCCGGAUGUGGAGGUCCUAGGCUGGCGUGGUUACAUGUGGUCUGUGGUAGUGAGGCCGGUUGGACGUACUGCCAAAUCAACAUGCAAUUAUCUGGCAACAGCUCUGGUGGACAUUCCUGCAGUCAGCAUGCCAAUUUCACACUCCCUCAAAACUUGAGCCAUCUGUGGCAUUGUGUUGUGUGACAAAACUGCACAUUUUAGAGUGGCCUUUUAUUGUCCCCAACACAAGGUGCACCUGUGUAAGGAUCAUGCUGUUUAAUCAGCUUCUUGAUAUGCCACACCUGUCAGGUGGAUGUAUUAUGUUGGCAAAGGAUAAAUGCUCACUAACAGGGACGUAAACAAAUGUCUGCACAACGUUUGAGAGAAAUACACUUUUUGUGUGCGAAUGGAACAUUUCUGGGAUCUUUUAUUUCAGCUCAUGAAACAUGGGACCAAUACUUUACAUGUUGCGUUUAUGUUUUUGUUCAGUGUAGUAUUUUGAAAGGAGCUGUCUUUUUUUAUCCCUUCAGUACAUGGAUUUCAUGCUUAUGCAAGCUUCUUUGAAUGCUAAUUCUGGAUUUAAGUAGGCUGUACAACAGCUUGGACUCAAAUGCUAGUGAUCAAGUGGAGAAACUUAUUUCAGUGACUCAUUCGCCAGAAGUAUACAAAAUCCGAACUGAUACUGUGGUGUUAGAUAUAGUCCGUUUUUGACACUGUAUGUAGCCUUCUCAGUACACUAAUGGCUUCUGUCCGUCUGUCCAUCUGUCAGACCCAAUGAUUUAUAUAUACACUAGAAGACUGAUAGGGGGCGCUGUUUUGAAGCCACCCCGCCUCCAUCUUGGCACUCCCCCACCAUUGUAAAAAAAAACUAUUUUGGAAACUAUAAAAAUGUAUUUAUUAAUGUCUACAUUUGUUUUUGCCAUGUUUAUUCUAUUACAGCCACCUUAAUGCAUACUUUUAAAUUGCAUUAUGUAAACUAAACAUAAAUAUGAAAAAAAUAUAUAUUAAAAAAUGUCCUUAAAGUAUACUUUUUUGAAAGUACUAAUGUUACAAUCACCACUACAACUUUUUUUUAUAUACUUAAAUACAUGUAAUUUUGUCCUUGAAACAUUUAAUUGAAAUACUGUAGAAUUCCAUUAAUUCCUAUAGAGGACCGCUUCUUCUGCGAAGUGCUAAUAUGGCCGACCGGUGGCUUCAAAGCCUCUCAUUGGCCAAUAGAUAGGAUCAGCAAUCCAGGGUUUAUAUACAUAAUUGGUCAGCCCAUACUCCCAAACCCACCUGUUAUAGCCCUCUGAUGAUUACUGCAGGACCUAAUUUUCAUGUUUCCUUCAACAUUGAUUUGUAGCCUUCGCUUUUACUUAAAAGCUUGAAAAGUGGUUAAAAACAGCCAAAAUGUGGACUGGAAUAGAUUCUGUCCAAAUGUCAAAUUCUUGCUGUUGUAACAAUGUUAUUCUGCCAUUUCAAACAUAUUUUCUGUUUGUAAAAUUGCCAUCUUUUAUUUUUUUCAAAAUCUGUAUUCUGUCAAAAACGCUAAAAGCUUUUUGUUCCAGAGCGGUUCAACGUGUACCUGAUGCCCACCCCCAACCUGGACAUCUAUGGGGAAUGUACCAUGCAGAUCACCCAUGAGAACAUCUACCUGUGGGAUAUCCACAACGCGCGUGUCAAACUGGUCAUGUGGCCCCUCAACUCACUGAGGAGAUACGGACGAGACUCCACCUGGUUCACCUUCGAGUCAGGAAGGUAUGUUUGUGUUUGUGUGUUUGUGUGUUUGUGUGUGUGUGUUUGUGUUUGUGUUUGUGUGUGUGUGUGUGUGUGUGUGUGUGUGUGUGUGUGUGUGUGUGUGUGUGUGUGUGUGUGAUAAUCCAUCUGGCUCACCUAUGAGGCAGAAAGGUACGGUCAAAGUGACACACAGUCAGUCACCUGCCUGCGUAUCUGUUUCAUAGGAGUCUCAUUCACAUGUCUCCUGGAUCUGAACCUAACCCUAACCCCUUCACAUGUCUCUUGGAUCUGACCCUAACCCUAACCCCUUCACAUGUUUCUUGGAUCUGACCCUAACCCAUUCACAUGUAUCCUUGAUCUGACCCUAAACCUAAUACAUUAACAUGUCUCCUGGAUCUGACCCUAACCCAUUCACAUGUCUCCUAGAUCUGACCCUAACCCAUUCACAUGUCUCCUGGAUCUGACCCUAACCCAAACUAUUAACACGUCUCCUGGAUCUGACCCUAACCCAUUCACAUGUCUCCUGGAUCUGGGAUUGGUUUGGAAGCAGGAGAGGAAAACUGGUCCCAUGGGUCCUGAUAAUCAACACACACACACACACACACACACACACACACACACACACACACACACACACACAGAGUUACUUUGGGAAAAGUCAAACAAAAUUCAAAGGAAGUUUGAACAACUAAACAUCCCAGCAUAUCCAAGCCACACCCCUCCAGGCCAAUCCUCUCCAGGCCACACCCCUCCAGGCAAACCCCUCCAGGCCACACCUCUUCAGGCCACACCCCUCCAGGCCAAACCCCUCCAUGCUAUGAUAUGCCAGGUGUAUCUGCUCCCUGCCUGCAUACAGCAUAUCUGUAUCUCAUUGUUUCUCUGUGUGUUCUAACCUCUGUGUAUGUGAUGAUGUAUCUGUAAGAAAACUCUAUCCCUCCCCCUACUCAGGUCUGCACCAAAAGAAGAAAGCAAGCUGACUCAAACAGGCCGCGCACCAGGCUCUCUGGAACACAUCCGGUCUCUCUGAUGUAGAGCUAUAAUAUAUAUCUAGCUAUCGCUAUCUCGCUCGGAUCUCGUCUCUCUACCCUAAUACUAUUUCCAUAUCCAUUCUCCUAUCUCGUAUCUGUCUCUUCUGCUCAUCUCUCUCUCGUCUCUCUCUUCUCUCUCUCUCCUCUCUCUCUCUCUCUCUCUCUCUCUCUCUCUCCUCUCUCUCUCUCUCUAGGAUGUGUGACACGAGGGAGGGUCUGUUUACAUUCCAGACGCGGGAGGGAGAGAUGAUCUACCAGAGAGUCCACUCAGCCACCCUGUCCAUCGCACAGCAACACGAGAGGAUGGUGGAGGAGUUGGAGAAGACCUCACAGGUAACACACACACAACACACACACAACACACACACACACACACACACACACACACAACACACACACAACACACACACAACACACACACAUUGAGCUCCAAAAGUGUUCGGACAGUGACAUUAUUUUGUUUUGUUUUGGUUCUGUACUCCAGCACUUCGGAUUUGAAAUGAUACAAUGACUAUAAAUUACAGCACUUUUUGUACAUAGUCAACCCAUUUUAGGGGACCAAAAGUAUUGGGACAAAUUCACUUGUAUGUGUAUUAAAGUAGUCAAAAGUUUAGUAUUUGGUCCCAUAUUUCUAGCACGCAAUGAUUACAUCAAGCUUGUGACUCUACAAACUUGUUGGAUGCAUUUGCUGUUUGUUUUGGUUGUGUAUCAGAUUAAAUGAAUGGUAAAUAAUGUAUUGUGUCAUUUUAGAGGCACUUUUAUUGUAAAUAAGAAUAGAAUAUGUUUCUAAACACUUCUACAUUAAUAAUAAUAAUAUGCCAUUUAGCAGACGCUUUUAUCCAAAGCGACUUACAGUCAUGCGUGCAUAAAUUUUUGUGUAUGGGUGGUCCCGGGGAUCGAACCCACUACCUUGGCGUUACAAGCGCCGUGCUCUACCAGCUGAGCUACAGAGGACCACAUGGAUGCUACCAUGAUUACGGAUAGUCCCGUAUGAAUCGUGAAUAAUGAUGAGUGAGAAAGUUACAGAUGCACAAAUAUCAGACCCCCAAGACAUGCUAACAUCUCACCAUUAGAAUAACAAGGGGGCUUAGCAUUUUUUUUUUGGGGGGGGUAUGAUAUUUGUGUCUCAAGGGCUACAGAGAGUUUCCAGAGUGGGAAAUGAGAAGUACCGUGCCACAGAAACCUUUUGGAGAACACUUUAUAGAAAAUUGGGUGCCAUUUUGGAAACAACCCACGUACUGAAGAAGAUGUUGUUGUUGUCUCUCUUUCAGACCCAAUCCAACCAGACAACGUUAACCAAGUCCAUCUCCCUGCCUCGCAGUGCCUACUGGCGUCACAUAAUGCGUCAGAACAGCGUUGGAGACAUCUACAGCUACCAAGGUACGCACAACCUACCAAGGUACGCACAACCUACCAAGGUACGUACAACCUACCAAGGUACGCACAGCAGAGCUCAGCUAGACAGCUCAACAGAAAAUAUUAUGUAAACACACACACACACACACACACACACACACACACACACACACACACACACAUACACACACACUACCAGUUGCCAGUAAUAUUCGAUACCCUUGUAGUUCAACAUCCUCUUGGAUGACUCUAUGCACAUAACCCUGAGAUCACUAAACACACAAACACAUAUCUACACACACAUACGUACACACAAGCAAACACACACGCAAACAGUAUAAUUUCACUUUUCACUCAGUAGAGUACUGGAGCAUUUGGACCAGAUUCCCUGGGUCUCACUUUGUCGUUGAUACAUCUAUAAUGUGAUAAAACAGUGAAAUAACCGUAUUGUAAUGGAUAACGAGGUGAGAGAUGUAAGAUGGAAUAAAUGGAACAAACAUUUCAUUUACAUUUCAGUCAAUUAGCAGACGCUCUUAUCCAGAGCGACUUACAGUGAGUGAGUGCAUACAUUAUUAAUUUAUUUUUCAUACUGGCCCCCCCCCGUGGGAAUCGAACCCACAACCCUGGUGUUGCAAACGCCAUGCUCUACCAACUGAGCUACAUCCCUGCCAGCCAUUCCCUCCCCUACCCUGGACGACGCCGGGCCAAUUGUGCGCCGCCCCAUGGGUCUCCCGGUCGCGGCCGGCUACGACAGAGACAAACCAGGGCCCAUAAUGAUCAUAUAAUAUAGCCUAUAAUAACCAUAUAAUUGCAUGAUUAUGACUAUAUUACUACUGUAGAUUAAAGGAAAGGUUCUCCCAUUUUGAUUGUUGUAUUGUUUUUGUGCAUCUCUGAGUGAUGUUCUAUCGAUUCCCCUGGGUCAACCUAUAACGCCCCACCCAGCCGACUGUCGAACCAAUCGCGUUCGCUUUGUCAUGCUGCGUCACGCGCAAUCUCUUCUCAAAGUCAGUGUAUAUGUCAAGAAAACUCGCCUAAUGUCACGAUUCCAAAGCUAUGCGAUAUUACGUAUAGCUACGGUCCUCUGUAGCUCAGCAUGGUAGAGCACGGCGCUUGUAACGCCAGGGUAGUGGGUUCGAUCCCCGGUACCACCCAUACACAAAAAUGUAUGCACGCAUGACUUUAAGUCGCUUUGGAUAAAAGCGUCUGCUAAGUGGCAUAUUAUUAUUACAGACAGCAAGUUAGUUAUCUCACAACUCUGAAAAGAUUUGUAAUGUUGCGCUUCCUGUUGAUGAAAUUCGUGCUAAUGUUGGGUUUUUAUGUAGUAGUGCCCAAUAGACUCCCAUUCAGUCCUCGAAGGAGAGCGCUCCUUGACCCAGAAUCACCCAGAAUACACUGCACUGCGUUUCCCAUCUCCUCAAUGUUUCCCAUCUCCUCAAAAGUAUAUCUGCCGUUGCGAAUGUCAGACUCCAUUCUGUGAGGAACAUCGAUCUGCAGGUUGAACAUGGUGAGAUUGUAGACUCCUAAAUUGAUAGUGCAGUUUGUUUAGGAGAUUUUACAGCUAACUAGCUACUUCACAUGCUGAUAUUGUCUUUGGUAUUAUAGUGUGUAGCUACGUUUACUAGCUAGCUAACUAGCUAGCCAGCCAGCCCAUAGAGAGAGCAUUGCAUUGUGGAUUUUGUAGUCGACAUGAGCUGCAACAGAUUUCCACAAUGAUUUUCCAUGUUACUACCAACAUUAUUAUAAUGCCAAAAUAUUGUUCUCACAUAUUAGUGUUAUUUAACACUGUAAAUUAAAGGAAUUGUGGUUUUGGGUGGAUUUUUCCUUUAACUGAGUAGGUGCUAAUUUGGGUGUGAGUGGAUGUGAGAGAUGUUAGAUAAAACCUGUGGACCAGACUAGUCCCCUGUGUGUCACUCUGCCUGUGAUGAAUCUAUAAUAUAAACUAGAGUCUCAUCUAUAUUGGUUUAAGGAGGCAGACUAGACUAGCCUAAUCUAUAUUGGUUUAAGGAGUCAGACUAGUCUUAUAGCAACACAGUCUUUACGGAAGGUACCUAAUAGCUGGCACCGGUGUAACUUGGCGGCCAGCUGGAGAUAAUCAGGUACAGAAGGGUUGUGUGUGUGUGUUUCUGUACAUGGAGGAAUGUGUCUGUGUGUGUAUCUCUUUCUCUCUCUCUCUCUCCCUCUCUGCACCAUCCCACUACCCCAGCAGCUGCCACUCUACCACCCCACCACCCCACCACCCCAGUAGCUGUCACCAGGCCAGAUAGGAUGACAUGACCUUCCCUUGUAAUGAAAAGGCUCUGACAAAUCACAGUCUGUUUCUCACAGACUGGGGGAGAGUAGGGGAUGGGGGGCUGCUACUGUCCAUGGUCUGUGUUUGGGAGUGUGUGUGUACUUGUGUUGGUGUCUCUAUGGUCCCUGGUCUGCUACGCUCCACACGGGGGGGGGUCUUCAUCCAGAGCUUGGAACUUGACAAACCCACCCAUGCCCUGACUUCUUCCACCGCAUUACACUGACAUUCGUGACAGAAUAACACACCACGACAUGGAGUCAGCAGGAGCGGCGGUGCCAACGGGAUCACUGGAGGAGCGCGUUUUACAACAGGCGGCUAUGAUCCAGGAUCUUGGCACCGCCAUGGAAGGGGUGAUGAACAUUUUGAGGCGAUGGGAAAGAGGAGGUCUGCCCACACCUCCUCCAACAAUACCACCACAUUUACAUUUACAUUUUAGUCAUUUAGCAGACGCUCUUAUCCAGAGCGACUUACAGUUAGUGAAUACAUAUAUAUAUUUUUCAUACUGGUCCCCCGGGGGAAUUGAACCCACAACCCUGGCGUUGCAAACGCCAUGCUCUAUCAACUGAGCUACAUCCCUGCCGGCCAUUCCCUCCCCUACCCUGGACAACGCUGGGCCAAUUGUGCGCUGCCCAUGAGUCUCCCGGUCGCGGCCGGCUGCGACAGAGCCUGGAUUCGAACCAGGAUCUCUAGUGGCACAGCUAGCACUGCGAUGCAGUGCCUUAGACCACUGCGCCACUCAGGAGACUACCACCAUCGUUUCACCUCUGGAGUCCAGUGGGAUUCGGCUCUCGCUCCCGAGGGCUUAUGAUGGCACCGCGGCCGGGUGUCAGGGUUUCCUGCGCCAAGUGGAACUCUACCUGGCAACCAUCCACCCGGCGCCCUCGGGAUACGAGAGCGUUUCCGCCCUCAUCUCCUGUCUGUCCGGCAAGGCGCUGGAGUGGGCCAACGCCGAGUGGUGGGGAAUAGACGCACCUACAGUCAACAAUGCGGAGUUCACCCGCCGCUUCAGGGCGGUGUUCGAUCAUCCCCCAGAGGGGAAGGCGGCGGGUGAGCGUCUGUUCCACCUCAGACAGGGGAAGAGGAGCGCGCAGGAGUUCGCACUGGACUGGUCUGAUCAGUGUGUCGGGCGGUGUGUAGGUGUUUCCGUAGGGGCAACGACGGUGGAAAGUCCGAACCAAAUUCCCACAAUGCACAUUCCUCCUGAGUAUGCCGAUUUGGCACUCGCCUUCUGUAAAAAGAAGGCGACUCAAUUAACACCUCAUCGACAGGGGGAUUGUGCGAUAGACCUCCAGGUAGGCGCUGCGCUUCCUCGUAGUCAUGUGUAUCCUCUGUCUCAGGAGGAGACGGUAGCUAUGGAGACAUACGUCACCGAAUCUCUGAGACAGGGAUACAUACGGCCGUCCACUUCCCCUGCGUCCUCAAGUUUCUUUUUUGUGAAGAAGACGGAUGGGGGUUUACGCCCGUGUAUUGAUUACCGUGGUCUCAAUCAGAUUACAAUUAAAUACAGCUAUCCUCUCCCUCUGAUUGCUAGUAUUACGGAGUCAUUACACGGGGCGCGAUUCUUCACAAAACUGGAUCUCAGGUGCGCUUACAACCUGGUGCGCAUUAGGGAAGGAGAUGAGUGGAAGACAGCAUUCAGUACCACCUCGGGUCACUAUGAGUACCUCGUGUGCCAUACGGCUUAAUGAAUGCUCCUUCAGUCUUCCAAUCAUUUGUGGACAAGAUUUUCCGGGAUUUGCAUGGACAGGGUGUAGUGGUGUAUAUUGAUGACAUUCUAAUAUACUCCGCUACACGAACCGAGCAUGUGUCCCUGGUACGUCGGGUGCUGGGUAGACUGUUGGAGCAUGACCUGUAUGUGAAGGCGGAGAAAUGUCUGUUUUUCCAGGAGUCCAUCUCCUUCCUGGGACAUCGGUUGUCUGCGUCAGGGGUGGAGAUGGAGAUUGACCGCGUUUCAGCCAUGCGUAAUUGGCAGACUCCCACUACGGUGAAGGAAGUGUAGCGGUUUUUGGGUUUUGCCAAUUACUACCGGAGGUUUAUCCGGGGUUUUGGACAGGUAGCAGCUCCCAUCACCUCCCUGCUAAAGGGGGGCCUGGUGCGUUUGCAGUGGUCGGCUGAGGCGGACAGGGCGUUUAGACAUCUGAAGGACCUGUUCACCUCGGUUCCGGUGCUGGCACAUCCGGAUCCCUCUUUGGUGUUCCAAGUUGAGGUGGAUGCGUCCGAGGCGGGGAUCGGUGCUAUACUGUCUCAGCGCUCGGGCACGCCUCCAAAACUCCGCCCCUGUGCUUUCUAUUCUAAGAAGCUCAGUCCGGCGGAACGCAAUUAUGACGUGGGGGACAGGGAGCUGUUAGCGGUGGUUCAAGCCCUGAAGGUGUGGAGACAUUGGCUUGAGGGGGCUAAACACCCUUUUCUCAUUCUAACUGACCAUCGUAACCUGGAGUACAUCCGGGCAGCGAGGAGACUGAACCCUCGUCAGGCUAGGUGGGCCAUGUUUCUUGGCCGGUUUGUAUUUAAGCUCACGUAUAUACCAGGGUCACAGAACGUUAAGGCAGACGCCCUGUCCCGACGAUAUGUUGCUGCUGACUUCGUCGGGUGAGGUUGUGUUUUCUCUAGCAGGAGGUAAGCUUGGCUUCUCAUAUGGUGUUGAGUAAAGCUUAAACCAUGUAUUUAGAUCGUAGGUAGGUAGUUUAUUUAUGUAGUUAUUUAGGUAGUUAUUGUAGGUUUCCGUAGGCAAUUAUUGUAGGUAAGUAUUGUUUACGUAUUGUUUAAGUAUUGUUACGGCGGAGCCCGGCGAAGCACGAGGCUAGCUAGCUAGCGGGUAGCUACUGGUAACGUUUAUUGGUAAUUAUCUGUUUAGUGCAAUGGUGGAGAGUGGUUUCCAAUGUUAAUGUGCUAGCUAAUGUGCUAGCUAGCCAACGUUUAUUUUUUUUUGCUGCGUUAUGAAAGGAACUAGACACGGUCAUGAAUUAUCUGUUUAGUGUGUUAACACACUCUUGGUAUGCUAGCUAGCUAGCGGGUAGCUACUGGUAACGUUUAUUGGUAAUUAUCUGUUUAGUGCAACGGUGGAGAGUUGUUUCCAAUGUUAAUGUGCUAGCUAGCCAACGUUUAAACUGUGUGUUAUUGGAUGCUAGCAUGCUAGUUAGCUAUGGCGUCAUAGCUAGGCAUCGUGGGCUGUUGUGGUUAGUUACUGUGGGUUGGCAUUGUUUUUCGGCGGUGCCGGGGGUAGCACGAAGCUAGCUAGCUAGCCGUUCUUCAAACAAGGUCAACACAGUGGCCAUUGCUAGCUAGCCAACAGACACGGACACGAAUCAUCUGCUUAGUGUGUUAACACACUAUUGGUGGUUUGUUGUGACCAAGUGUUGGUGCUAAACUGUGUGUUUUUGGAUGCUAGCAUGCUAGUUAGCUAUGGUGUCAUAGUUAGCUAGCUGAAUAAAGUGGGUUGAGUCUAUUCCUUUAAACAUUGAACCGCUGUGGUUCACAACAAUUCUGAUUUCUAAAGGCGGAAGUUCGUAGAGUUUUUGUUCGGGUGGUUCAGUGAAACAAUUAUAGUUUCUGAGGUAGAAGUUUUUGGUGAGGGAGGCCCUGCUCUCUACCCUCCCAGAUGUUUAGUUCAUUUCAUUCCGAUCUCCUCUGCAUUAUUGUAGCCAUUUGCUACAGCCUGUCAACUAUGCCUCUGCCUAUCCCUGUUCUCUCCUCUCUGCACAGGCUACACAAACGCCCCACACCGCGUGGCUGCUGCCUCUCUAACCUGGUGGUCCCUGCACGCACCCCACACGUGGAGUUCCAGGUCUCAGGCAGCCUCUGGAACUGCCGUUCUGCUGCCAACAAAGCUGACUUCAUCCCAGCCUAUGCUAAUCUCCAGUCCCUCGACUUCCUGGCGCUGACGGAAACAUGGAUUACCACUGAAAACACUGCUACUCCUACUGCUCGCUCCUCGUCUGACCAUGUGUUCUCGCAUACCCCGAGAGCAUCUGGUCAGAGGGGUGGUGGCACAGGAAUCCUCCUCUCUCCCAAGUGGACAUUCUCAAUUUUUCCCCUAACCCAUCUGUCUAUCUCCUCAUUUGAAUUCCAUGCUGUCACAGUCACUAGCCCAUUUAAGCUUAAUAUCCUUGUCAUCUAUCGCCCCCCAGGUUCCCUUGGAGAGUUCAUCAAUGAGCUUGACGCCUUGAUAAGUUCCUUUCCUGAGGAUGGCUCACCCCUCACAGUUUUGGGGGAUUUCAACCUCCCUAUGUCCACAUUUGACUCAUUUCUCUCUGCCUCCUUCUUUCCACUCCUCUCCUCUUUUGACCUCACCCUCUCACCGUCCCCCCCUACUCACAAGGCAGGCAAUACGCUUGACCUCAUCUUUACUAGAUGCUGCUCUUCUACUAAUCUCACUGCAACUCCCCUCCAUGUCUCUGACCACUACUUUGUUUCCUUUUCUCUCUCGCUCUCCUCCCACACUACUCACUCUGCCCCUACACAGAUGGUAAUGCGCCGCCGCAACCUUCGCUCUCUCUCUCCCACUACUCUCUCCUCUUCCAUCCUAUCAUCUCUUCCCUCUGCUCAAUCCUUCUCCUCCAAUCUCCUGAUUCUGCCUCCUCAACCCUCCUCUCCUCCCUUUCUGCAUCCUUGACUCUCUGUGUCCCCUAUCCUCCGGCCGGCUCGGUCCUCCCCUCCAGCUCCGUGGCUUGAUGACUCAUUGCGAGCUCACAGAACAGAGCUCCGGGCAGCGGAGCGGAAUGGAAGAAAACUCAACUCCCUGCCGACCUGGCUCGUUUUUCAACUCCAGCCUCCUUCCUCUCUAACAUUUUCUUUUUUUCUUCAUCUGUUUCUGCUGCUAAGGCCACUUUCUACCACUCUAAAUUCCAAGCAUCUGCCUCUAACCCUAGGAAGCUCUUGCCACAUUUCUCCCUGCGACACAAAACAAAACAAAAAAAAAACACCCACCCAAAACAAAAACCAACCACCCAAAAAAAAAAGGAAACACGCCCCCGCAAACCCAAAAAAAACCACCCCCUGCACACCACUCACACUGCCCUACCCUAUGCUUUGACUUCUUCCUCCCCUCUCUCUCCAGAUAAAAUCCUGCGACUUGUGACUGCAGGCCGCCCAACAACCUGCCCGCUUGACCCCAUCCCCUCCUCUCUUCUCCAGACCAUCUCCGGUGACCUUCUCCCCUACCUCACCUCGCUGAUCAACUCAUCCUUGACCGCUGGCCAUGUCCCUUCCGUCUUCAAGAGAGCGAGAGUUGCUCCCCUUCUCAAAAAACCAACACUCGAUCCCACUGAUGUCAACAACUACAGACCAGUAUCCCUUCUUUCUUUUCUUUCCAAAACUAUUGAGCGUGCCGUCUUUAGCCAACUCUCUUGCUAUCUCUCUCAGAAUGACCUUCUUGAUCCAAACCAGUCAGGUUUCAGGACUGGUCAUUCAACUGAGACUGCUCUUCUCUGUGUCACGGAGGCUCUCCGCACUGCUAAAGCUAACUCUCUCUCCUCUGCUCUUGUCCUUCUAGACCUGUCUGCUGCCUUUGAUACUGUGAACCAUCAGAUCCUCCUCUCCACCCUCUCCGAGCUGGGCAUCUCCGGCGCGGCUCACUCCUGGAUUGCGUCCUACCUGACCGGUCGCUCCUACCAAGUGGCGUGGCGAGAAGCUGUCUCCGCACCACGUGCUCUCACCACUGGUGUCCCCCAGGGCUCAGUUCUAGGCCCUCUCCUUUUCUCCCUAUACACCAAGUCACUUGGCUCUGUCAUAUCCUCAAAUGGCCUCUCCUAUCAUUGCUACGCUGACGAUACACAACUAAUCUUCUCCUUUCCCCCUUCUGAUAACCAGGUGGCGAAUCGCAUCUCUGCAUGUCUGGCAGACAUAUCAGUAUGGAUGACGGAUCACCACCUCAAGCUGAACCCUGGCAAGACGGAGCUGCUCUUUCUCCCGGGGAAGGACUGCCCGUUCCAUGAUCUCGCCAUCACGGUUGACAACUCCGCUGUGUCCUCCUCCCAGAGUGCGAAGAGCCUAGGCGUGACCCUGGACAACACCCUGUCGUUCUCCGCCAACAUCAAGGCGGUGACCCGCUCCUGCAGGUUCAUGCUCUACAACAUUCGGAGAGUACGACCCUGCCUUACACAGGAAGCGGCACAGGUCCUAAUCCAGGCACUUGUCAUCUCCCGUCUGGACUACUGCAACUCGCUGUUGGCUGGCCUCCCUGCCUGUGCCAUUAAACCCCUACAACUCAUCCAGAAUGCCGCAGCCCGUCUGGUGUUCAACCUUCCCAAGUUCUCUCACGUCACCCCCCUCCUCCGCACACUCCACUGGCUUCCAGUUGAAGCUCGCAUCCGCUACAAGACCAUGGUGCUUGCCUAUGGAGCAGUGAGGGGAACGGCACCUCUGUACCUUCGGGCUCUGAUCAGUCCCUACACCCAAACGAGGGCAUUGCGUUCAUCCACCUCUGGCCUGCUGGCUCCCCUUCCUCUGCGGAAGCAUAGCUCCCGCUCAGCCCAGUCAAAACUGUUCGCUUCUCUGGCACCCCAAUGGUGGAACAAGCUCCCUCACGACGCCAGGACAGCGGAGUCACUCACCACCUUCCGGAGACAUUUGAAACCCCACCUCUUUAAGGAUUACCUGGGAUAGGAUAAAGUAAUCCUUCUACCCCCCCCCCCCCCCCCAAAAAAAAAAUUGUAAGGUGGUUAUCCCACUGGCUAUAGGGUGAACGCACCAAUUGGUGAGUCGUUCUGGAUAAGAGCGUCUGCUAAAUGACUAAAAUGUAAUGUAAUGUAAAUGAUAUGACACAGAGGAGAGGUCCAUUGAGCCCACUCCCAUACUACCGGAGUCUUGUCUAGUGGCACCGGUGGUGUGGGAGGUCGAUGCGGAAAUCGAGUGGGCGUUACCUGCCGACCCUACUCCCCCAGAGUGUCCAGAGGGGCUGAGGUACGUGCCGCUCGAGGUCCGUGAUCGACUGAUAUAUUGGGCUCACACGUCACCCUCCUCUGGUCAUCCUGGUAUUGGUCGGACGGUGCACUGCCUUAGCGGGAAGUACUGGUGGCCCACCUUAGCUAGGGACGUGAGGGUUUACGUUUCUUCCUGCUUGGUGUGCGCCCAGAGUAAGGCGCCUAGACACCUGCCCAGAGGGAAGUUACAACCUCUACCCGUUCCACAACGGCCGUGGUCUCACCUAUCGGUGGAUUUUGUCACGGACCUUCCCCCCUCCCAGGGGAAUACCACGAUCUUGGUCGUUGUGGAUCGGUUUUCUAAGGCCUGCCGUCUCAUUCCAAUGCCAGGUCUUCCUACAGCCCUACAAAUGGCCGACGCCCUGUUUAAUCACGUUUUCCGGUACUACGGGGUGCCUGAGGAUAUAGUGUCUGAUCGGGGUCCCCAGUUCACCUCUAGAGUUUGGAGGGCGUUUAUGGAACAUUUGGGGGUCUCGAUUAGCCUUACCUCGGGUUUUCACCCUGAGAGUAAUGGGCAGGUGGAGAGAGUAAACCAGGAUGUGGGUAGGUUUCUGAGGUCCUAUUGCCAGGACCGGCAGGAGGAGUGGUCGGGGUAUAUCCCCUGGGCAGAGAUAGCCCAAAACUCACUCCGCCACUCCUCUACUAAUCUUACGCCUUUUCAGUGUGUGUUGGGUUAUCAGCCGGUCCUGGCACCCUGGCAUCAGAGCCAAAUCGAAGCUCCUGCAGUGGAUGAGUGGUUUCGGCGCUCGGAGGAAACAUGGAACGCUGCGCAUGUCCAUCUGCAGCGGGCUAUCAGACGGCAAAAGGUGAGCGCCGAUCGCCACCACAGUGAGGGUCCGGUUUAUGCACCGGGAGAUCGGGUCUGGCUCUCGACCCGAAACCUGCCCCUUCGCCUGCCCUGCCGGAAGCUGGGUCGGCGGUUUGUGGGGCCAUUUAAAGUCCUGAGGAGAUUGAACGAGGUAUGUUAUAGGUUACAACUGCCCAUUAAUUACCGCAUUAACCCCUCGUUCCAUGUGUCUCUCCUCAGGCCGGUGGUAGCUGGUCCACUCCAGGAGAAUGAGAUACGAGAGGCUCCUCCGCCCCCACUAGACAUCGAGGGGGCUCCGGCGUACUCAGUCCGUUCCAUCGUGGAUUCGAGGCGUCGGAUGGGGGGUCUGCAGUAUCUCGUGGAGUGGGAGGGGUACGGUCCGGAGGAACGGUGCUGGGUCCCUAGGAGGGACAUCCUAGAUCCCUCCCUGUUGAGGGAUUUCCACCGGAGUCAUCCGACUCGCCCUGCUCCGCGUCCUCCUGGCCGUCCCCGAGGCCGGUGUCGGCGCAAGGCUGGAGCCGUGCGUCAAGGGGGGGGGGUACUGUCACGGAUUCAGCCGAGGCUGCUCCUCCUCCUUGCUCGGGCAGGCUUCGGCGUUCGUCGUCCCCGGAGUACUAGCUGCUGGCGAUCGAUGUUUCAGUGUUUGUCUAGUUUAGUCUUUAUUGUUUACACCUGUUCCCCAUUAUGUUUUAUUGUAUUCCCUAUAUUUACCCCUGUCUCUCAUUUGGAAUUUGUGUGUUAUUGUUCCUAGUUAUGUGUGUUGUUGGUGAGCUCCUCCCUGUGUGGAGGUAUUCUGUGUUGUGUUCUUUACUUCGUUUAGUAAAGUACGUUUCUUAGAGUUUCUGCGUCCUGCGCCUGACUUCUUCCACCGCAUUACACUGACAUUCGUGACACCUAUAUUGCGGUGGAUAGAGGAAGAGAUUUCAGUCUUUCCAGCCUACAUUGCAGUGGAUAGAGGAAGGGAUUUCAGUCUUUCCAGCCUAUAUUGCGGUGGAUAGAGGAAGGGAUUUCAGUCUUUCCAGCCUAUAUUGCAGUGGAUUGUCACGGUUUCUGCCGAGGCUGCUCCUUCUCCUUGUUCGGGCAGGCUUCGGCGGUCGUCGUCCCCGGAGUACUAGCUGCCACCGUUCAUUGUUUCUGUGUUCGUUUGGUUUGGUCUGUUUUGGUACACCUGUUUCUCAUUUUGUCUUGAUUAUGUGUCCUUUAAGUUCUCGUUGUUUCUGUCUUGUGGUUGUGUGUAGUUGUUCAUUGUCAGCAGGUGUUUCUAUGUCAAGUUUGUGCUCUAUUUCUGUAGAGAGUCCGCACUAUUGUGCGUGUUUUGUUUAUUACGCUGAGUGCGUUAUUUUUCUUGUGCCUCCGGCUCUGUUUGUAGCCGUUCAUUCUGUGGACUUUAUUAAAGUAUUUUGGACUACUUCUGCAUCCUGCAUCUGUUUUCCACACCACCCCUACGCCAGCUUUGACAGAACUACACACCACUCAUGGAAUCAGCAGGAGCAGCAGCAGCGACCGAGUCAUGGGAGGAGCGCGUCCGCGGACAGGAUGACAGGAUAGCUCAAAUCACCAACGCUCUGCAGGGAGUAAUGAAUACCCUGCAUCGCCUGGAGACCAGUUGGGUACCCACGCCUCCUCCCACAUUACCACCAGCACCGGUCAGUCCCUUUGUCCACGCUCCGGAACCCAGUGGGAUUCGGCUCUCGCUCCCGAGGGCGUAUGAUGGUACCGCUGCCGGGUGUCAAGGAUUCCUCCUACAAAUUGAACUCUACCUCGCCACCGUACACCCGGUGCCCUCGGGACACGAGAGCGUUUCCGCCCUCAUCUCCUGUCUCACCGGCAAGGCGUUGGAGUGGGCCAACGCCGAAUGGAGGAGAAUAGACCCCGCGACGAUCACCUAUACGGAGUUCUCCCGUCGCUUCAGGGCUGUAUUCGACCAUCCACCUGAGGGGAAGGCGGCGGGAGAACGUCUAUUCUACCUCCGACAGGGGAAGAGGAGCGCCCAGGAGUUUGCACUGGAGUUCCGGACUCUAGCGGCAGACGCAGGGUGGAAUGAGCGGGCCCUCAUAGACCACUUCCGCUGCAGCCUACGGGAGGACGUCCGUCGUGAGUUGGCCUGCAGGGACACCACCCUCACAUUUGACCAGUUGGUGGACAUGGCCAUUCGCCUAGACACCCUGCUGGCCACCCGCGGACGUCCUGAGUGGGGGUCGUCCAUUCCACCCUCCAGCACCUCCGAGCCUAGUCCUAUGGAGCUCGGGGGUGCUGGCGCUAGAGAGGAGAGGAGAAGGAGCCCUUGGGGGACCAACCCCUGUACCAACUGUGGCCGUGGAGGACACAAAGCGGCCAGGUGCUGGGGGGGGUCUCCUAGGGGACGAGACGGCAGGCCACGCACUGGGGAGUCCUUCCAGGUGAGUAGGCGCCCCACUUACCCAGAGCUCUCUGUUGUGCACCUAACCAUACCUGUUUGCUUCCCACAGGUUGCACCUCGUUCCCAGCAUAAGGCGCUAGUAGAUUCAGGCGCAGCUGGGAAUUUUAUAGAUCGGAGAUUUUGUGCAGAGUUAGGGAUUCCCCUCCUUCCUGUCAACAAACCUUUCCCUGUACAUGCUCUAGAUAGCCGUCCGUUGGGAUCGGGGUUGAUUAGGGAGGUCACAGCUCCACUUAGGAUGGGGACGCAGGAGGGUCAUGAGGAGACUAUACAGCUAUAUCUUAUUGACUCUCCUGCGUAUCCGGUGGUGCUGGGGCUUCCCUGGUUGAUUACCCAUAAUCCCUCUAUUUCGUGGAAACAGAGGGCUCUUAAGGAGUGGUCUGCCCAGUGUGUAGGGCGAUGUCUGGGCGUUUCCGUAGGGGCGACCUCAGUGGAGAGUCCAAACCAAGUGCCCGCAUUGCACAUUCCCCCCGAGUAUGAGGAUUUAGCACUUGUGUUUAGUAAGGCGAAGCCGACGCAAUUGCCACCACAUAGACAGGGGGAUUGUGCGAUAGACCUCCAGGUAGGAGCUGCGCUUCCGCGGAGCCAUGUGUAUCCUUUGUCUCAAGAGGAGAAGAGAGCUAUGGAGACUUACAUAGCCGAGUCUCUGAGACAGGGAUACAUACGGCCCUCCACUUCCCCUGCGUCCUCUAGUUUCUUUUUUGUGAAGAAAAAGGAUGGAGGUUUGCGCCCGUGUAUUGAUUACCGCAGUCUCAAUCAGAUUACUGUGAAAUACAGUUAUCCACUCCCUCUGAUUGCGACUAUGACGGAGUCUUUACACGGGGCGCGGUUCUUCACAAAAUUGGACCUCAGGAGCGCAUACAACUUGGUGCGUAUUAGGGAGGGAGACGAAUGGAAGACAGCAUUUAGUACCACCUCGGGUCAUUACGAGUAUCUCGUCAUGCCAUACGGGUUAAUGAAUGCUCCUUCAGUCUUCCAAUCCUUCGUAGAUGAGAUCUUCCGGGAUAUGCAGGGGCAAGGAGUGGUCGUGUACAUUGACGACAUUCUGGUGUAUUCUUCUACCCGAGCCGAGCAUGUAGCCCUGGUGCGCCGAGUGUUGAGGAGAUUGUUGGAGCAUGACCUGUAUGUCAAGGCAGAGAAAUGUCUGUUUUUCCAGGAGUCUGUCUCCUUUUUGGGUUAUCAGUUGUCUGCGUCAGGGGUAAAGAUGGAGGUUGACCGUGUGUCGGCCGUGCGUAAUUGGCAAACUCCAACCACUGUUAAAGAGGUGCAGCGGUUCUUGGGCUUUGCGAAUUACUACAGGAGGUUUAUCCGGGGUUUUGGACAGGUGGCAGCUCCCAUAACGUCUCUUCUAAAGGGAGGUCCGGUGCGCUUGCAGUGGUCUGCUGAGGCUGAUAGGGCUUUUGGGAGACUGAAGGACCUGUUUACCUCGGCGCCGGUGCUGGCGCAUCCGGAUCCCGCGCUACCAUUCCAGGUCGAGGUAGACGCGUCAGAAGCCGGUAUAGGGGCCGUGCUCUCGCAACGGUCUGGCACGCCCCUGAAACUCCGCCCCUGUGCCUUUUACUCUAAAAAGCUCAGUCCGGCGGAGCGAAAUUAUGACGUGGGGGACAGGGAGCUGCUAGCCGUGGUCCAGGCCCUAAAGGUGUGGAGGCAUUGGCUUGAGGGGGCUCAACACCCUUUCCUCAUUUUGACUGACCACCGAAACCAGGAGUACAUCCGGGCAGCUAGGAGACUGAACCCUCGCCAGGCUAGGUGGAACAUGUUUCUGGCCCGGUUCGUUUUUAAGAUCACGUACAUCCCUGGGUCCCAGAACGGUAAGGCAGAUGCCCUGUCCCGGCGGUAUGACACGGAGGAGUGGUCCGUUGAGCCCACGCCCAUACUCCCGCCGUCUUGCCUGGUGGCACCGGUGGUGUGGGAGGUCGAUUCCGAAAUCGAGCGGGCGUUGCGUACCGAUCCUAGCCCUCCACAGUGUCCUGUGGGUCGGACGUACGUUCCGCUCGAGGUUCGGGAUCGACUUAUAUAUUGGGCUCACACGUCACCCUCCUCUGGACAUCCAGGGAUUGGCCUGACGGUGCACUGCCUUAGCACUAAGUACUGGUGGCCAACGUUAGCCAGGGAUGUGAGGGUUUAUGUUUCCUCCUGCUCGGUGUGUGCCCAGUGUAAGGCACCCAGACACCUGCCCCGGGGUAAGCUACAACCCCUGCCCGUUCCACAACGACCCUGGUCUCACCUCUCGGUGGAUUUUGUUACUGACCUUCCCCCCUCCCAGGGAAAUACCACCAUCCUGGUCGUUGUGGAUCGGUUCUCGAAGGCCUGUCGUCUCCUUCCCAUGCCGGGUCUCCCCACUGCCCUACAGACCGCUGAGGCACUAUUCACUCACGUCUUCCGGCAUUACGGGGUACCCGAGGAUAUAGUGUCUGAUCGAGGUCCCCAGUUCACCUCUCGAGUCUGGAGAGCGUUCAUGGAGCGCUUGGGGGUCUCGGUGAGCCUUACCUCGGGGUACCACCCGGAGAGCAAUGGGCAGGUUGAACGGGUAAACCAGGAUGUGGGUAGGUUUCUGAGGUCGUAUUGCCAGGGCCGGUCGGAGGAGUGGGCGAGGUAUAUUCCCUGGGCCGAGAUGGCUCAGAACUCCCUUCGCCACUCCUCCACCAGACUCACUCCUUUCCAAUGUGUACUAGGGUACCAGCCGGCUCUGGCACCUUGGCAUCAGAGCCAGAUCGAGGCUCCUGCGGUGGAUGAGUGGGUGCGGCGCUCGGAGGAGACAUGGAACGCUGCUCACGUACAUCUGCAGCGGGCCAUCCGUCGACACAAGGCGAGCGCCGAUCUCCACCGCAGUGAGGGACCGGUGUACGCACCGGGAGAUCGAGUCUGGCUCUCGACCAGAAAUCUGCCCCUCCGCCUGCCCUGCCGGAAGCUGGGUCGGCGGUUUGUGGGGCCUUUUAAAGUCCUGAGGAGGUUGAACGAGGUGUGUUACAGAUUACAACUUCCUAUUGAUUAUAAGAAUAUUAACCCCUCGUUCCAUGUGUCUCUCCUCAGGCCGGUGGUAGCUGGUCCACUCCAGGACUGUGAGAUAGCAGAGACUCCUCCGCCCCCGCUGGACAUCGAGGGGGCUCCGGCGUACACAGUUCGGUCCAUCCUGGAUUCGAGACGCCGGAUGGGGGGUCUCCAAUAUCUCGUGGAGUGGGAGGGGUACGGUCCGGAGGAGCGGUGCUGGGUGCCGAGGAGAGAUAUCUUAGACCCGUCGCUUCUGACUGAGUUCCAUCGUGGUCAUCUCACGCGCCCUGCUCCGCGUCCUCCUGGUCGUCCCCGAGGCCGGGGUCGGCGCACGGCUGGAGCCGCGCGUCAAGGGGGGGGUACUGUCACGGUUUCUGCCGAGGCUGCUCCUUCUCCUUGUUCGGGCAGGCUUCGGCGGUCGUCGUCCCCGGAGUACUAGCUGCCACCGUUCGUUGUUUCUGUGUUCGUUUGGUUUGGUCUGUUUUGGUACACCUGUUUCUCAUUUUGUCUUGAUUAUGUGUCCUUUAAGUUCUCGUUGUUUCUGUCUUGUGGUUGUGUGUAGUUGUUCAUUGUCAGCAGGUGUUUCUAUGUCAAGUUUGUGCUCUAUUUCUGUAGAGAGUCCGCACUAUUGUGCGUGUUUUGUUUAUUACGCUGAGUGCGUUAUUUUUCUUGUGCCUCCGGCUCUGUUUGUAGCCGUUCAUUCUGUGGACUUUAUUAAAGUAUUUUGGACUACUUCUGCAUCCUGCAUCUGUUUUCCACACCACCCCUACGCCAGCUUUGACAUGGAUAGAGGAAGGGAUUCCAGUCUUUCCAGAGAUAGAAGAGAGGGCUGUGGUUGGCUGCACUCCGGCUGUUUCACAAAUAUCUAAUAAGGAGACAAAAAGAGAAUUGUCCCUCUUUCCCCUGCUGCGGUCUCAGUGAUUUUCAAAAGUGGUGAUAGGAGUGAGUGAACAGUGGAGGAUCUGUACUGGGAACAUUUUGAAGUGGAUAAUUUUGCUUCUGGAGAAUAUAUUUUUGCGUGUGUGUGACUCACUUCACCUGUUCUGUCUGAAACCCACUGCUCUGAUUGGCUUCACAUCACCCCGUCAAGCUUCUCUCUCUUCCUCCUCUCUUUCCCCACCCCCCUUUAGCUCCCUCUUGGACUCACACAUUUGUUCUCUCUCUCUCUCUCUCUCUCUCUCUCUCUCUCUCUCUCUCUCUCUCUCUCUCUCUCUCUCUCUCUCUCUCUCUCUCUCGCUCUCUCUCUCUCUCUCGCUCUCUCUCUCUAUUUCUUUAUUUCUUUCUUUAUUUCUCUCUCUCUCUCUUUCUCUCACUCUCUCUUUCUCUCCCCACAUACACAUUUGCUUACACCUGUAAUCAAAUAGUCCUCAUCCUCUCUCUCUCUGCCCCUGCUCCCACGCCCAUGCUUUAUGUGGAAGAGUCAUUGGCAGGCAGACAGACAGACACACUGGCACCACAGUGUGGGAGUACUGCUAGCCUGGCACCACACUGAAGAGGCAGGCUGACACAGAGAGUGGCACAAACCAGUGACCACACAGCAACACCCUCCAGAUUGAAUCCAGCCACAGCUAGACCGGACCAGUGACCACUGGAGGGGGUUCACACAUAUACUGUCUUUGAUAUAAAAAUGGACACACCUGCACCAUAGAACACCUGCACCAUAGAACACCUGCAGCAUAGAACACCUGCAUCAUAGAACACCUGCACCAUAGAACACCUGCAGUAUAGAACACCUGCAGCAUAGAACACCUGCAUCAUAGAACACCUGCACCAUAGAACACCUGCAGUAUAGAACACCUGCAGUGUAGAACACCUGCAGUAUAGAACUCCUGCACCAUAGAACACCUGCAGUAUAGAACACCUGCACCAUAGAACACCUGCACCAUAGAACACCUGUAGUAUAGAACACCUGCAGUAUAGAACACCUGCACCAUAGAACACCUGCAGUAUAGAACACCUGCAGUGUAGAACACCUGCAGUAUAGAACACCUGCAGUAUAGAACACCUGCACCAUAGAACACCUGCAGUAUAGAACACCUGCAGUAUAGAACACCUGCACCAUAGAACACCUGCAGUAUAGAACACCUGCACCAUAGAACACCUGCAGUAUAGAACACCUGCAGUAUAGAACACCUGCACCAUAGAACACUUGCAGCAUAGAACACCUGCAGUAUAGAACACCUGCACCAUAGAACACCUGCAGUAUAGAACACCUGUAGUAUAGAACACCUGCAGUAUAGAACACCUGCAGUAUAGAACACCUGCACCAUAGAACACCUGCAGUAUAGAACACCUGCAACAUAGAACACCUGCAGUAUAGAACACCUGCAUUAUAGAACACCUGCACCAUAGAACACCUGCAGUAUAGAACACCUGCAGUAUAGAACACCUGCACCAUAGAACAUAACAGGUGAUUUGCAAUUCAUUAAUUCAGUUUCAGUUCAUCUCAAGAGUUGCUUGCCCCCAACCCUGUGUACUGUAAUUGCUUUGCUUUGGCCUAUUAGAUUGGAUGGUCUAGAGAGUACUUGACCUCAUGAAAUAUUGACAGUUGUCCACUUCCUCUCUGGUCAGCAACAUCCAAUCAGCAGUCCUCUGUACUGAACGGUGUCCUCAUCUUAACUCCUAGACUAGCUGACUCCUAUCCAUUAUUAAGGACCAUUGUCAGUGAACAACACCACACAGUAUCCAUUUACAUCCCUAUUUCCACAGAUAUCCAAUAA